AUGAAAUUGGCAACAAUGCCCCGGCGAUCAUCAGGUGGAAUUUCAAAACUAAUGGCUCCAAAAACAACUGAAACGGAUGUUGAGACAGCAGUUCCCGCAAAGAAGCCCAAACGUCGCAAUGAACGUAACAUACUAACAUUUUAUGAAAAAAUUGCCGUUAUACGAUAUUACGAUGAGACGAAUAUUUCACGCAAUAGUUUGGCGAAAAUGUUUCACUGCUGUGCAACACAAAUCCGACGCAUACUGGAACGCAAACAGGAGCUACUACAACAACUAGCAACACUCAGCGAAGCUGAUGCUUCAAUAAUCAUCGAAGAAAUGACACGGAAACGGCGAAAAUUCGAAAUGAGCGCAAUUAGUUUUAUCCUGCAUCAAUGGGUGGAACGUUGUCGUCAUAUGCGCCUGCGUAAAAGUAUCACCAAUGACACGCUUAAGGACACGGCAGUAAAAAUGGCUGCCAUCUUAAAUUUACCAGCAUUCCGACCAUCGUAUAGAUGGUUGAAUCGUUUCCGUGGCAAAUACAAGUACAACGAUGAAGAUUUGGGUGCAGGCAAUGGCCCAGACACAGUACCCGGUGAAUUGGCCGUUGAGGAUAUCAUCAUCGAAUACAAGGAUUCUCUGCCUAGUUUUAUGCAAAAAGAAAUCUCUGCCAUAACAUCGACAGCCAAUGAUUCUCUUCUCAGUUCAUCGACGACGGCCGUUGCAGCAGCCGUGGCAAGUGAAAUUCUGAAACCACGUCAAACGGAUGUGGCAGCAGGCAAGGAGACGAAUCUGCGCCAAAGUAUGGAUGAAUUUGAAAUAUCUGAAGAUGAUGAGGACGAUGACAUGAAUGAUAGUACGGAAAGGCAGAGUGAGGAAGAAGUUAUUGAAAUUAACACGGCGACAUCAAAUGCCAGGCAAGAGGCGACAACAAAAACAACCACAGAAGACACAAAUAAUAACAAUAAUGAAUUGUCCACUGAGGAGGAGAAAAUCACCGAUUCUACACCCAACCAUGAAUUCCCCAUGAUGACAGCUGGCUCGGCUGCCCUGUUGCACAGUAUAUUCCCACACCUGGCUGUAAUCCAUCAAUUUGCCUUACUCAACUCGGAUGUUAAAGCCUUGGAACUGAUCUCCCAACUCGGCGUACACAUGCAAACACGAGCCGAAGAAGGUGCCUACAAACAAUUGUCGCUGGCGACAACCUCAACAAACAACAACAACGACGACGACGAUGCUGCUGUUGUUGACGAUGUUGAUCCCAAUGGUGAUAUGUAUCCCGAUAUAGAUGAUAUUGUUUUAAUUGAAUAG